AUGAGAAACGGUAUCGAGAUCAGUAUGGGCAGCAACGAUAUACGUGAGAUGGAGGCUUAUGAAUCAAGCGAGGCAAGAGGAUCGACGCGUCCGCCGUUGGGGUCGAAAGUUGGCGACGGGGAUCAUUCUGAGGCUCUGCAGGGAUUGGGGCCUAGCACCCGCGCUAUCAGGACACUCGUAGUGGAUCAAGGGGGGCGCGAAAACCGCCAUGACCGAUUCGAUCACGUGGUGUUCCUAAAUGAUGUGUAUUUCUGUGCCUACGAGAUUCUUCGUCUCCUUCUCUACAACGCCGACUUGGCCUGUGGCCUGGACUUCUUCUUGGAGCCAUUUCCGGACCUGCACCCAGAUACUGCGGCUGUGCGCAAAGAGCUGACUUUCUACGACCUAUGGGUGGCGCGCGACGAGGAGGGACAGCGAUUCCAGUGGGCCCAGCCUUUCGUGAAGCACGUGCGAGGGCAGUCUCGGCAGGAUGCGGAGGGAGAUGCCGAAUACGAGGAGGCUUUCCCCGUUUUUUGCUGCUGGAAUGGUCUCGCGGUCCUUGAUGCCGCGCCUUUCUACCGUGGCCUGCGGUUCCGCUCGGUCCGGCCUGGAGAGGGUGUGAUUUCGGAAUGUAGCAACCUCUGCACCGACCUGUGGGCGAACGGGCAUAGGAAGGUCGUGCUGGACCCUCAGGUCAAGCUGGCGUACGACGAGCCUACCUACGAGCAGCUGCAUGCUCUCAAGCCGCCUCGGUAUCCUAGUUUGUACCGAGUGGACCGAGAGAUUGAAAGAGUGGUGGAGGCGCCGAGGGCUGUAGACACUUGCUUCUUGGAGACUGGCCGGCGGAAACUGGGGGCGAUGGUCAGGUUCGAAGAAUGUGCUGCGAGACCUUUGGAGGAGGUGUUGGCGCAGGCAGUGAGACUAGAGGAGUUAUGCUACGAUACUAGACACAUACGUGACAUAAAUACAGAUGCUGAGGGAGAUGGGCGGCGCGAGGAGAUGGACGUGGAUAUGGAAGACAGGCCCCGUUCUUCGCGGGAGCGUGGUGGAGCCGCAGCGGUCCGACAACCCAAUACCAUUCCUCGGAAUCUGCUGCAGCUUGCCCCUUUUCCUCGGGCUGGCUUUCUGUCUCUUCACGGCAAUUCCUCUUCAGUAAGCGCGAGCGUCGGCGCAUCCAGGCACAUCGACAGCGAGAUAAAGACGCGGGUCUGCACGGGUGGCGGGCGGCUUGGGCGGAAUGGACGCGUCUUCACGUCUCCCCUCGCUGGAGGGUGAUGCUAUACGAUGAGCAAGAGGCUCGCGC